UUAAUCGGGACAUACACAAUUUCGAUUAAUUUAUUUUUGAAGAACUUUUCGUUUUCUAUGAACAUUUAGCUCCAUUAAAUAUCAUGGCAAGCAUUUCGGGAGCAAUAUUCUCGUCAAUCAGCAAGUAUAAAAUUUCUAGGAGAGGAAGAAAGUUACAGGCAACUGAUGACCAGAGAACGUUGGUUGCUCUGCCUAAAGAUGUUCCUGAAAGGACGUGGGCUGAAGUGCUGCAGAAGGAGGAGAACGACCUGUUCAUCUUCGAGAUCCGCGAGGACAUCGUGGAGGAGGCGCUGCGGGUCGGCUACGAGCGCUACAUGGACCGGCAGAACGCGCUCUUCACGGCGCACUGCGCGGCGCAGGCCUGGCUCAAGCUCAUUGAUUGGCACUUCUACCGGCACGAUCCCGGCGAAGACCCCAGCGCCCACCCCGCUUGCUUCAUCCCCAAACGCCUGGAGUCCUGGAUUCCCGACGAGCUUCCCGACCCGUCCCCCAAGGACACAUGGUGCAAACAAGAGCUGAAUGUGGUAGAGGACACGCCCGAAGAAGGCCUCCAGAAAUGGCCUUCGACCAAUUCUCUGGAUGUACCUGUUGUGGAGGAGAUACCUUCAGAGUAUUGGUUCCCCGGGAAAGUGAAUGUGCCCGAUGACAUGCGACGUAAACGUGAGAGAGAAGAAUCACUUGGUGGUGACGAUGAUCGCGGUCGGAAGAAGCCGCUGGUAGUGGCGUCGAAGGUGAGCGGUGUGUGGGAAUCUGUGCAGGACGCCAGCGACACCACCUCGCCGUCCGAGGACCUCGCCACCGAGAGCGAGGUGCUGCAGAAGAUCACGGACUACAGCACGGAGGAGUUGUCUCAAAAGGAUUCAACGUACAGCGCGUUGAAGACAACGACUCCUGUCGACGGUUCGCUGCACGGAGCGGGAGACUCCGUGGUGGACCGUCUGCGAACCAAGCGGCGGCAUUCGGAGAAGAGCAAGGUGUUCAGCAAGGCGAGCAUGAUCGGAAGAUCAAGAGCGACCCUGCCGCCCCUGGACAUCGGAGACUCGCGCUCCCGGAUAAGCAUCAUCUCCGACUGCCGCUUGAGGAACUUGAGAUUAGACACGCAGUACGAGAUAUCGUCGGAGAAGGUGGACACGCCGCCCGGCGAGACUGUCAAGAGAAAAUGACAGCAUUGACAGCCGUGACUGACAGUAGUGUCUGGGUGGCGCUGGUCUAUGUAAUAUUACGUUUGUUGAAACAGGUAGGUCCUUUAAAUGGAAUGUAGCUUCAGCAUAAAACCUGUAUUUUUGGUAAAUAUAUCAUAAAUAUCGUAAAAAAACAGGUCAAAUACUGCUGAUGAAGCUAUUAAAUGGUUUAAAAUAUAAACUUUUUAUGUCUGGUUAGGAUCAAAAUCGUCUCGAAGACCGAAAGAAAAAGAGAAGUCGUAAUAACGUACGUAUUUUAUUUAUUUGAAAUUAUGUAAAAGCAAACGAUUUUCUUUGCCAUUAAACAUUAUAGGGUUUUUGAAAACCUGAAACUCACUAAUCA